GUCACCACUUAAACAUUCUUCCAGAUCCGCUGGAACAUGUUUUUGGGGAUCAUCUGGCUCUUGACCUCGCCACAAGUUUGCUCAACUCAGCUAUGUGGAAAAUCAACAACAUGCUCUUCUUGCAUAGAUAUCUAUUCAGACCCAGUGCCUUCAAUGCAUUUGUUAAAUAUCAGCUCUAUAAAAGUGUUGUUUCUCGGUAGGAUUGAGGUAAUUCCGGAAAAGGCCUUCAUAAAGAACCCUCAGCUUGAGAGAGUGGAAUUUAUGGGCACCUCUACUUCUUCUGUAGAGGCAGGAGCCUUUCAGGGUUUAUCUGAUCUCAAGACUUUGGAGAUUUCUGGCACCAAUCUCAUCUCACUUCCAAAUGAAACUUUUAACAAUCUCAAACAACUUGACACAAUGUACUUGACACAAAAUAAAAUUGAGAAUAUUACGGAAAAGUUGUUCAGUGGUCUUACAAAACUUAGAGAUCUUAGACUGAAUUCUAAUAAUAUUGCCUCAAUUUCCAUGAGGGCUUUUGAUGAUCUGGAGCAACUUCAGACACUUGAUCUGUCUAAGAACAACCUUAGCAACUUCCCAAAAAAACUUUUCUUGCAGCUUAGAAACCUUAAAUUACUCAAUCUGUUUAAAAACAACAUGUCCAAAAUUCCAGAUGAUAUUUGGUCGGGGGAUCUUACUAAUCUGGAGGAAAUUAAUAUACAAGAAAACAAAAUCAGAUCUCUACAUGCUAGUUUAAAACCCCAUGAAAAGCUUGAACGACUAUUUUUAGGCUAUAAUCACCUGAAUGAACUGCCCAAAGAGGCAGUUUCUCACCUCCCAGUUCUUAAAAUAUUGGGUUUACAGAAAAAUAAUAUUACCUCCUUUUCCCAAGGAGUAUUCAGUAGCCUUGCACAGCUUGAAUUGCUGGACAUUUCCAAUAAUAAGAUUGAAAACCUGCCUCAAGGAGUUUUUGAGGGUCUUGGAAAUUUAAAAGAACUCAAUCUGGAGGGUAAUCGUAUACACUCUUUAAAGGCUGAGGACUUCUCUCUUCCAUCUUUGCAGACUCUAAAACUAUCCAAGAAUAACCUGAAGUCACUUACUGGUGUUCUUGAGGUGUUUGGGAAAAUUGAAAAUGUUAAUCUAGAUGAUAAUCCUUGGCACUGUGACUGCAAAAUGAGUGAUUACUUGGAAAAACCGUACAAUUUCGAAAUAUUUUGUAUGUGUCCAGAGACACUAAAGAAACAAAAUCUUAGAUAUUUGACCAAACAUUCAAUAUGCCCCGACACGACAUCACCUGCAAAAUCUGCAAAAUCGCCUGAUGCUUCAAAACCGCCUGAUGCUUCAAAACCAUCAGAUGGUUCAAAAACGCCAGAUGCUUCAAAACCAUCAGAUGGUUCAAAAACGCCAGAUGCUUCCAAAUCACCCAAUGUUUCACAACCCCCAUCUGACUAUUAUCAAACUGGACCUACAAAGGAGCCUACAAGUUCUAAUGCUGAUGGAACAAUGAUACACAACUGGCCCAAUGUUAGUAGGAUCAUUUUGGCCACCAUCGCUCCUCUUCUCAUACUGCUGAUUCUGUUCAUUAUUGUACGACUGUACACACGCACCAGGGGUUAUAGUGUACGUCAUGUGGAUCCCAGACUCAGACCCAUAAAACUAGUAGAUGAAGACAACUGCAAGUUAUUGUUUGUCCACGAACUUCCAGAGACGAUUUCUCCUCCAGAGCGGUCAGCAGUGCCAUAAC